CAGGUCUUUCCUUACCGUCCUAUGUCUUUCUUUUGAGUUGAUGCUGGUUGUCAUUUGACGAGAUGCAGGGUUUAUCUGUUUUUGUGGCGAUUUACUGUAUGUGUUGGAUUCCGGAUGAAUAUGCGACGCUUGAGGCUGCAGAGCCAAAACAUCCAUUCGCAGUAGCAAGAGAAGCUAUCCGCAGUCUGGACAAGGCACCUUCCUACCUCCACCUGGUGGAUUUUGGACCUCCAACUGGAAAGGGAAUAGUAGCAGGCAAAGACUUUUCUCCUGGUGAUUUUAUCACCUAUUAUCAUGGCAUACACAGUGCGCAGCAACCAGAGCUCAAUGAUCCUGACUACGACUUUCUAUUUAAGCUGAACUAUUACCACAACACCUUCUGGAUCGAUGCUUCCGAAGAGGAUGGGUCUUAUGGACGAUUUUUGAAUGAUGAUUGGAAGACUCCAAAUGCAAGAACAAGGGUGUUCUUUGUUGAUGGUCAGGCACACAUAGCCUUUCUUGCCCGCAGAUUCAUAAAAGCUGGUGAAGAGAUCCGAUUCAACUACAAACACGGGGCUACUACCUUCCCAUGGCGACAGCCGAAGAAGCAUCCGUUUGCAGAAGCAAGAGAAGCCAUCCGCAAUUCAGAUAUGUCACCGUCAUACCUCCGCGUAGUGGACUUCGGACCUCACAAAGGAAGGGGAAUAGUUGCGGGCAAGGAGUUUUCUCCUGGUGAUUUUAUCACCUAUUACCAUGGUAUACACAGUUCAGAGAAACCAGACCUGAAUGAUUUUGACCACGAUUAUCUCUUUAAACUGAACCAUUAUCGCAAAAGUUUUUGGAUUGAUGCUUCCGAAGAGGAUGGGUCUUAUGGACGACUUUUGAAUGAUGAAUGGAUUACCCCAAAUGCACGACCAAGAGUUUUCUUUGUUGAUGGAGAAGCACACAUAGCCUUUCUUGCCCGCAGAUUCAUAAAAGCUGGUGAAGAGAUCCGAUUCAAUUACAAACACGGGGCUACUACCUUCCCAUGGCGACAGAAGAAGAAGCAACUGAAAACAGAGGACAGAGAAGCCAACCGAAGUUCUGACAUACCCCCUUCAUACCUCCAUGAAAAAUCACAGAAAACAUGGACGCAUCCUCAGUCAAAGAGAAGAACGUGGUUAGAUCUUCUGAAGACAGUAUUCAUGCCGACAUGCCAAUUGGAAAAUGAGGACAACCAGUGACUCUUGGAGUCCCUCCCAACUUGAUGCUCCAGGAGAUCUGCUCCAAGUCACGAUCAGACGUGUGAUCUUUCUCAAAGAAGUACGAGAGUCGGUUACUGAAUGUUCUAAACUUCUUUAAAAUGGAGAAUAGCGAACCUGAAUAAGGUAGUCGACCAUUGGAGGACCUGGAAUUACCAUUCUCUAAUACACAAGUGUGUGGUUUCUAAAAUACGGCACAAAGUCUGUCUAUCUGACGUCUGUUAGUGUCCCUGAUUCUCCGUGAUCGUGAAGCUAGCAGGAUGUAAUCUCAGAUUCAACUUUCAUUGUGAAUAAUGAAAACCUAAAUGCGGUCUGAAUUUGAAUAUCAUUGGUUACAUGUAAUUCUUUUAAACAAUUUCUGAAUAAAUGUUAGCCUUUCAAAAUAUACUUCUUGUCAUGUUAGAUCGAAUUUGAAAAAGAUUUAUUACAAAACCAGAUACAUGUACCUUACAAUACUUUACCUCUAUGAAGUAAUAGGAAUGAUAAUACACCCACUCAUGGACCCACAUCGAGUAAA